GCAUGUUCAAUUUUAUUGCACAGCCAACUUAUAUGACGCUAUAAUAUUGAGCGUGUGUGGAUCGCUUAACUUUCUGGCAAUUGUUUUCCAGUUGCGAGAACGUGACCCAGUGACCAACAUUGAAUUCAAUAUUACAUGACACCUACAAAGCAAAACACGUAUUCUUCAUAUCACUGACUCAAAAAAAAACAAGAGUUGAAAAUUUAGAUUGCAAAAUUUUCGAAAAGUACAUAUUGUUACAGUUACGAAGUAAACUCAACGAUAUGAGGAUGAGCUUUUCGUCACGGCUCUAUCUGCUUCUGGGAGGACUAUUCGUCACUACUUCAGUUGUUAUUGCUCAUGAUGCAAAAGGUUUCGACGAUACGAUUCUUUUCAAUCUCGCCUGGCAUGGAAAAGAUGAACUUUUGAGCACUAAUAUUGGUGACGAGGAAAUGGCUGUGACUACCGCGAACAAGGAAAAAUAUCGAUGCAUUAUUCCAUCAAUUGCUACGAAGGAAUCCGGAGGAGAGGUGCAAUACAAUGGCCCAAGUCCGAUAGAGUUGCUUACACCGCUUUUCAGCCAUUCGACCUGUUCUUAUAGAAUCGAAAGUUACUGGACCUAUGAAGUUUGUCAUGGGAAUUAUAUCAAACAGUAUCACGAAGAAAGGCAAGAGAAAACAAGCAAGUUGCAUUACUAUUAUCUUGGCAAAUGGGACGAACAAAAAACAGCCAAACUGAAAGCUCAAUAUGAAAAAAGUGGUGGUGAAGGAGAUAAAUCUAAGUACAAAAAAAUCGAUGGACUUAACUUGCCAUACAUUGAACUGGAAAUGGAUUCGGGCACAGUAUGUGAUUUGAAUGGAGAGCAUCGUAUUACCAAAGUUCUAUACGUGUGCUAUCUACAUGGUAAAAACGAAGUAUAUUCGUUGAAAGAAACGUCGACAUGCAAUUAUGAGGUGAUCAUUUUAACACCAAUGCUUUGUGCCCAUCCGAAGUAUAAACCACAGGAUACAGAAGAGAAUAAAAUCAACUGUGUUGCAGUAGGAAAUUCCCCAAAGAAACCGAAAAGUCUCCUUAUGAUGGAGAUUGAGAGCAUGAAAAUGAAAUAUCAAAAGCUUACGGACAUCCAUUCAGGCCUUAUUGAAGCCGUAGCUAUUUUGAAUUCUGAGGAUGGUCCAAUGAAGGUUGAGCUUUUCCCAAGUGACAUUCCUAUCAUGGAUGUUUCUGAUAAAAAAGAGUCAACUGAGAAUGCUGCUAGAAAGGAAAAUACAAACCUGCUGAACGCAUUUACAAAAAAGAUAACCAAAUCGAGGGAACUUAAACCACUUUUAGAAUUUCUGGAUGGAGAAUAUUGUCUCACUGGGGGAUCGGGUUGGUGGAAAUUUGAAUUAUGCUAUGGAAAGCACGUGCGACAAUUUCACGACGAUACUUCCAUCUUUUUGGGAUACUUCAAGAAAGAUAAACAUAUAGAAUGGUUGGAGAAAAAUCCAACAAUUCUAAACAAACGUGAACAUGAAAAUCAAUUGAGCAAUUUCUACAGUGGAGGCGACAUUUGUGAUAAAACAAAACAGCAUCGGCAAGUUGAGGUGAAAUUAAAAUGUACCGAACACUCAUCUAGCUCAAAUGCUAUCGCGCUAUACCUCCUGGAACCACGACCAUGUGAAUAUAUUCUGAAUGUAGAAUCGUCUUUGAUAUGUGACGUUUUGUCUCAUGCCGGAGAAAACAUGCUGCUACCAGAAAAUCUGCAAAAGCUGGAAGAGGACACCCUGUACGUUAUUGAUAGCAGUAACAAUGUAAACAAUUGAAUAAACAGACUAAUAAUCUAAAAUAAUA